GAGCGGCGAGACCCGCUUUUUCCGAUGUCUUGUUCUCCGGCCACUUCCGGCGCCCGGGUCCGGCGGCGGCGAUACUGCUACAGCUACUCGAGCGGUCCAUUUGGGUGCCGGAAGCGCUUGCCAAGUUGACGCUUCUCUUUCGCUACGAGUCGCGGAACGGGGAGGAGGUCGUAGACGCCUUCCUGCAGUCGGGUGGCUUGGCAACCUUGGCCAAGCUGGCAAGCAGCUUUGCCCAGAACGCCGAUGUCCCGCUGGCAGCGCUCUUCGACUGCAUCCAGCACGCGGCCGAGCACCUUCGCCUUGCAAAGGCCAUCUGGCACGUGCCCGAUGGUGGCCCGAGGGGCACAACGCAUCUUCUAAGCUCUGCGCUAAGGGCCGCAGGGCUCAAUGUUCGCUUGCUGAGUCUCGACACUAAUUACUGCGGCCGAAUAGGCAGCCAUAUCGAGAUGCUGCCGAGUGUGUGCGAUUUGAAGGCUCCUUCGGCAGGCAUCGUCAAACACGUCUUACGCGUGCUCGAUGAUGUCGAGAUGGCAGAGCGUAAGGAAGGCAACUGGCGUGCCAGGGCCCUGGGCUGGGCCGCACCAGCAAAGACCAUUCUCCGUGUCUUCUUGCGGGUCCUCCCUUGCUCUCUUGAGAUGCACAAGCUGAUCAAGAGCAGGCUGGUCGACAUCUACGGAGAAGGCCAGUCCGAGCUUUUUGGAGACUGGGGGGUCGGUGAUGGGGUCGUUGAGAUGCAGACAGUGCCACCUAGGGUUGUCCUUGCAGCCCCACCUCCUGUUCGAGCCUCCCUGGAGGAGCGUGCCCCUGACAGCAACACGCAUGGUGACGAGGAGGUCGAUGAGGGAGGCAACCGAGCACAAGGACAGCAAAGAGGCGGCGAGCAGCAGACAGCGCACAACAAACCACCAAGCGGUGAACCGUCCAGGGAGGACUCGACGACAGAGCUCGAGCUUUGGCCCGCUCUACCCGAGGGACUGCGGAGGCCAACAGACGUGCCAGGGAUUGGUUUGACCGAAAAACGGGGCGGAACGACGGCCCACGACAGCCCGACGAAGCACAGUAAGGACAUUGCGGUCAACGACGCCGAACCGGCGUCUCUCAAGAGGACCUGGGAGCACGACGGCAGACUGGAUGCUUCAACUGAACCCUUGGAACUUCCAGCAAAGAAGCGCUUUGCCGGAGUCCGAGAAGGUCCAGUUGGGCACGUGUUGUUGCUGCAGAUCCCUGCACAAGUGGAGGACGGAGGUGGUAGUAUUGGAUGCGACCUUCACUCCUCGUCAAAUGCUCGGGGCACGCCUGAGGUGGCAGACAGGUGGACGUCAGGAGGAGAGCCUUUCCCUAAGCUGAGGGAGGAUCACGAGGAGAUGGACAGGCCUGCCGAAGUGAUUGUGGACGGAAGGUUGACCCAGAGGGCGCAAGCACCAGGCAAAAUCCUCGUGCGAGCAGAAUUAGACCUGGAGGUCGUUGACAAAUAUACCCAGGGCCUGCGCACGGCCGAGUGUUUCGAGGAAGUGAAGGCCAAGCACGUGGAACUCAAGUCCAUUGUGGCUGCCAUCAUCAAGGUUAUGAAUGACAUCAUCGGGAACAAAGUUCCUCGAUCGAAGGCCAUGAAGAAUCCAGAGACCGUCCCGCCCUUCUACCCUGGACCCCCGAAAGCCUACGCCAAACGCGCUCAGGACAUGAAGCGGUGCCAGCUGAUGAACGUCAUCCACUCCAUCUUCGACUUCAUCCGGGAAUACGAGUGGGGGCCGCAAGACAUCAAAUACCUGCGCGAUGCGCUCGUCAUGGCGGCGUGGCACCCAUUGGGCAGCAGCGUUGGCACGUGGGCCGCCCUGGACUGCUGCUUCCAGGCCCUGGAAAACAUGGCCCGUGAAGCAGAGUACGAAGACCGGAGGCCCUUGAAAGACGGGUUGAAACUGGCACAGCCUUACUUGGGGUGGAGGGCAGUGGGUCCGGACACGAUCUGGAAAGAAGUUCCGAAGAAGCACAAGAGGAAGAAGUCUGGGAAGGAGUCAGACGAGGAGGAAGAGGCCGAAGACGAGCAAGAGGACGAGGGGGGUAGCGACAGCAAGAGGGUUGCCUCGCCAGCGGAGAUAGAAGCGUCCCGCCGGGCGGGGCUCAAGGACGGGCGUCAGCAGGGGGGGGGGGGCGCCGACCCCGCUGCUUUGGCGCCGAACUUGAGCGGGGGGGGGAUGGAGGACAUCCCAACCUCACCGGAGAGCGUGGCCCUAUCCGGCGGCGUUGGUGCGCACUCUUCUCUUGCGCUAAGGGAGAGCAUCGAAGUUUCUGGGCUUUAUAUUUUUGCAAACGGGAGCUGGUGA